AUAAAUGCACUUCAUCAUGGGUGAAUCGCUGUUGCGGACGAAGCCGGUGUGAAUCUGCAUUCAGUUUCUUCCUUACUUAGCAGGAGCAGCAAGGCCUCAUGUAAGAUAAACAUGUACAAACGGCGGUCAACGAAGAAUCCAUGGCGAUGAGGCCUCAAGGUGCGGAGCCGACUGGCGAAGAAGGGGAUGAUUUGCCAUUAUUGUGCUAGACAUAAAUACUUUCCAGUGACUCCCUCAUCCUCAACAAUGGACUUUCCAUGGACGGCCGAUGAGCCAACCUAUAUGGCAGACUCGAGCACCUCUUUCCACGGUUCUGACGAUUAUUCUCGGAGACCUCACGUUAGUAAACUCGAUGUGCAGGCGAUACUGUCUCCAGACAACACAAGUGGCGCCGCUCCUAUCACGAUGUUCUGGUCCAAACCGACGACUGAGUAUAAUGGACACGGCUUCGUACUACUGCUACGCUAUCAUUCACGGAACAUCCAAAUUGCAAUCAAGGGGGAGCGUUCGGCCCCUGACGAACGUCUCUGUGUCGACGAUUCGCCCGUUAUUUCAGGCUGGACGACCAUCACCGAGAAGUCUAAGAUCGAAGUCGGCUGUACCUCGUGGAAGCUAACUAUUCGGCAUGUCAGUGUUUUAGAAACCUCCCUAGUGCAUCCUACUGAAUGCUGGCAAUUACUUGACCAGAUCGAAGGGCUGACCAUUACAAAACUCCUUGGAAAAGGAGGUUCAGCUUUCGUAUAUGAGGUUCUUUUAGGCGAACCCCCAGUUCGAUACGCAUUGAAAGUUCCCCGGGACCCUGAGUAUGACCGAGUUAUUUGUGGUGAAUAUGAUGUGCUCAAGUAUCUCGAAAAAUGUGGCGUGGUGCGCUUGACUCGAAUUAAUUGUGCAUGCAUAUUGUUCACUACUCAUAUGCAGCCCAACGUUGUCAGAGCUCACGAAAUUCGGGAGCCCAAGAUCGAUCUCGAAGGUGGGCUUUCACAAAGACGGUUUCACAACCAGUCAACAACACUUUAUUAGGGCCCUUGCUUUUCUUGGAUUUUGGGGGGAGGUCAUUGUUGGAAAUCGUGCAGCAGAACAGGAAGAAGAAAUUUGGUACGUCAUAUUUCCUGACGGGACCGAGGAAACUCACCUGAGAGCCGUGCCAUCUUUUGUUCCAGAUGUGAAACGUAUCGCUGGAGAACUCUGCCGGACUCUCAAGGUUGGCACCCUUCUUCCGGGCCAUCACCACUCUGUUGACGAUCGUCAAGAUCAUGCACUCAUUAGGGAUUGACCACUCCGAUCUCAAGCCAGCGGUAA